AUGGAAGAAUCCCGAACGAAAUAUUUCUGUUUGAUGAUCUGUUUUAUCGUAGGAGCAUGCUUUCUCUAUUCGUUCACACCAUCAUUGUUACGUAAUUUGCCUUCUAUCAAAUCUAAUAAAUCCAAUUAUACAAAUCAUUCAAAACCAUUAUUAAUUAAUGGAGUUGUUUGUACAUUAAUGAGAAACGAAGCACAAUACGUCAGAGAAUGGGUAUCCUUUCAUUUAAUAUUAGGAGCAAAUUUCUUUGUUAUUUAUGAUGAUAAUAGUACAGAUGGAUUAAAUCAGAUAGUACAGGGGUUUGGUGAACGUGUGAAAGUAAUACCUUGGGGACAAAAUAACACGGAUCAACGAGAACAUGUACAAGGUCGACGUCAGGUUACCGCCGCAAGACAUUGUGUUUCUAACUAUGGUACAUUAACUUCAUGGAUCGCAUUCAUUGAUGUUGAUGAAUUUGUAUGGCCUUGUCAAAGAGAUUCAAAUCUACUUGAUUAUCAUAUUAAACGUGUAAAUACACCAUCAAUUCGAUUAGACUGCUUUAAAUUUGGUACAGGUUAUCCCGAUCGAACUCAACUACCAUCCGAACUAACUGUCGAAAAACAUAUUCUACGUGCUCCUUAUAGAAUGAUGAAUGAAAACUAUGCAAAUAUAACAAAAAAUUUACAUGAAUGUCGUGCGAAUAAUAACAAUUGUGCAAGCGAAGGUGGAUGGAAAUAUAUUUAUUUUACUAAUUAUGGUAAACAAAAAUUCUAUCAAACAAUUAAGAAUACAAUUAGUGUUCAUGGCUCUGGAGCACCUUUUAAACGUGGUACAACAGAUCGACGACAAGGUAUUUGUUGUAAUCAUUACGGUGUUCGUAGUACAGAAUUUUUAUUUAAAAAAGCAAUCAAAAAUAGAAAUCCAGCUUUAACCACGAGUGCUAAAAGUAAUCAUUCAAAAUUAUUUUAUAAUUCCAUACAUGAUAUAUUGAUAUGGCAAUAUUUACCUACUUUAAAAAAUUUUUUGAACAUUUAUAGAUUUUAG